AUGAUAAUUUACUCAAUGCUAAGCUUGCAUAUGCUCUACAUCGCCAGACAUAACAUGAGGAUCAUGAUGAAAUAUGUUAACUCCGUAAUAUCAGGAUUGAGCACCGUCCUCAAGGUGGCAAGCUUCAUAAUAAAUCGCGAGUCUUUAAUAAUUUAUCACCGGACGCUCAAUGAUUUUUUUGAGGAGGAGCUUAUGCAAAACGAAAAAAAACCGACAGGAAUAUUUUCGUCCCUGCGUACAAUAUAUACUAUGGCAUAUACAUAUUUCGCCAUUGUGGUAGCAUUGAUGUUUACAUAUACGUUUAAGUCUUCGUAUAUUUGUAUGAUCCGCAAUUUUCUCCAUUUUCAUUCAAUUACCAACUGUACUCCACCAAUUAGCGGGGGAUUUGGAUUACUCUCGACCGAUUCUGACAAUUUUUUAUUUUAUCUACGUUUGUUCUACGAACCAGGUCUAAUGACACUCAUCAGCAUAAUAACGUGCGCUGUCGAUAGCACUUUUGGCUAUUAUGUUUAUCAGUUUAGCUCGACACUAAGCGCCAUGAUAUCCACUCUCAUAAAUCCACUGUCCACUGAGAAAUUUUCAGAUCUCUUGAGAACGUGCGCAGUCAAACAUCAGAAGCUACUGCAAUGUCGUAACACGCUGGAGCACGUUUAUGGACCAAUCGUCUUUUGGCAUGUUGUUACCAAUGCCGUGCUUCUUUGCUUUUUGAUAUACGACUUCACAUCAUUAUCGGUCUUAAAUUUUGAAACCGUUUCCGCAUCUAUGUCAUACGCUGGAGUAAAACUGCUUCAAACAUUUAUGUAUACAUGGUAUGGUACUUUUCUCACAAAUGCGGGCGAGGAAUUUCGUAAAGCAAUAUACUUUAGCAGAUGGCUCAAUUCUAAUCUUGAUUGUCACGUAAGAACAAAUAUUAUUUUGAUGUUGAUGCAAAAGCCAAUGACUAUAAAUGCAGUUUUUUCUCCCGUCAAUGUAACCAUGUUUACCAAUUUCGUGAAUACUACAAUGUCCUAUUUUUUCCUGUUGCAAUCUUUGGAAUAA